CUAUAUCACUCCCUUUAAUUGCUCCGAUCCACUCUUACUGUAACUUUAUAUUGGCCGACACUUUCUUCUACCAUUUCUCCGCUUAAUUGCUUUUCAAAGAUUUAUAGGCUGCACGGGAUUGCCCUGAUCCAGAUCCCCGCCCCGCUCCGCUCCGCUUUGAGAAUUGUUGAGCAACACUGGUGUCCAAAGUCCCAACGGGAGGAAUAAUUAUUGACCCUUGCUUCGAAGGGAUACCAAUCAUUACUCCUGGAUCAUUGUGAAAAUCUUAAUUUUUUUGCCUGUAGGUGGGGAAUUGCAUUUAACGAUUUGUUAAAUGUUAUCAUAAUAGCUAUUUGAUCAUAGUUAUUUCCAAAAAGAAUGAGGGGAAGAGCUGAUGGAGGCCAAAAGAGGCACUUGGUACCAUUCAUUUGUGUUGUUCUGCUAAUUUUUGGUUUCCUAUUCAUCUACUUUGGUGGCCAUCGAGGGAAGCAUGCUAGUGCUGCUUUAGAUUAUGGUACCAAAUUCUCAAGGUCGUUAGGUUUAGGUUGGGGUAGCAGUGAUGAUGGAGAUGCUUCCAAAACAUAUUAUGCUUUAGGAAAAGAAGAUGGAUAUGAAAAUAUCACGCCCAAGAGCUUCCCAGUUUGUGAUGAUCGCCACUUGGAGUUGAUUCCUUGCCUGGAUAGAAACUUAAUUUACCAAACACGAUUGAAGCUAGAUUUGUCGUUGAUGGAGCACUAUGAGCGACAUUGCCCGCAGACUGAGAGGCGCUUCAAUUGCUUGAUCCCUCCUCCAUCUGGUUACAAGGUUCCAAUAAAGUGGCCAAAAAGUAGAGAUGAAGUUUGGAAAGCCAACAUACCUCACACUCACCUUGCACAUGAGAAGUCUGAUCAGAACUGGAUGGUUGUGAAAGGUGACAAGAUACAUUUUCCUGGUGGUGGUACCCAUUUUCAUUAUGGAGCUGACAAAUAUAUAGCCUUAAUUGCAAAUAUGCUGAACUUUUCAAAUAGUGAAAUAAACAAUGAUGGAAGAUUGCGAACCGUAUUGGAUGUUGGUUGUGGAGUUGCAAGUUUUGGAGGAUAUCUUCUCUCAUCUAAUGUUAUUGCAAUGUCCUUGGCUCCAAAUGAUGUUCACCAAAACCAGAUUCAGUUUGCUUUAGAGAGAGGAAUACCUGCCUUUUUAGGUGUUUUAGGGACAUGGAGACUCCCUUACCCUAGCAGGUCAUUUGAGCUUGCUCAUUGUUCCCGUUGUAGGAUAGAUUGGCUUCAAAGAGAUGGGAUCCUUCUACUUGAGCUUGAUAGACUACUAAGGCCAGGAGGUUUUUUUGCUUAUUCAUCGCCUGAAGCAUAUGCACAGGAUGAAGAGGAUCUGAGAAUAUGGAGAGAGAUGAGUGCACUGGUAGAAAACAUGUGUUGGAAAAUUGCUGCAAAACAAAAUCAGACAGUUAUUUGGGUCAAACCUCUAACAAAUGACUGUUACAUGGAUAGAGCUCCAGGUGUUUUGCCUCCGUUGUGCAGAUCUGACGCUGAUCCAGAUGCAGUUUGGGGUGUCCAAAUGGAGGCAUGCAUUACCCCUUACUCCGAGCAGCAUCAUAGACAUAAAGGUAGUGGAUUGGCUCCAUGGCCUGCUCGACUAAGUACCCCUCCCCCAAGACUCGCUGAUCUUGGUUAUGCUGCAGGAAUUUUUGAAACGGACAUGGAGAAUUGGCAGCUGAGGGUUGACAAUUAUUGGAACCUGAUAAGCCCUAAAAUAACGUCAAACACCAUAAGAAAUGUCAUGGACAUGAGGGCACACAUGGGAUCAUUUGCCGCAGCUCUAAGGGACAAGGAUGUUUGGGUUAUGAAUGUUGUGCCGCAUGAUGGACCAAGCACACUCAAAAUUAUCUAUGAUAGGGGUCUCAUAGGCACUGUGCAUGAUUGGUGUGAAUCAUUCUCAACUUACCCUCGUACUUAUGAUCUGCUUCAUGCAUGGAUGGUCUUCUCUAGCAUUGAGAAGAGGGGAUGCAGUGCCGAGGAUCUCCUCCUUGAGAUAGAUCGCAUUCUUAGGCCAACUGGUUUCAUUAUCAUCCGCGACUCUCGAGCGGUUAUCGAGCUGAUUAAGAAGUACUUGUCAGCACUGCACUGGGAGUUUUUUGCAGUAGUGAACGCAGAGCCAAACUCAGAACCAGAAGAUGGAGAGGUAAUCCUCUUGAUUCAGAAGAAGUUGUGGCUUGUGGAUGAAAGCCUAAAGGAUUUAAGAUGAAAAUUUUGGCUUCAUUAUAUUCUUUUUUUAUUGUUAAACCUUAAUUUGUUUCAGGCUUUAGAGCUGUCUUAUUUUUCAUCUUUCUUUGUUUGAGCUCAUUAAGAUAUAUAUAUAUACAAGCCAUAGAACUGAACGUUUGUCUCUGCUUUCUGUACCAUCUUUUAUCCAUACAAAGAAUCAUUAAUGUAAAUGAAUAUUGUUGUCUUAAAGCUGCUUUGAAAUUGUAUCGAGCAAAGGUUCCUGGGUUAGCCUUGCUGUGAGCUAUGUGCCAACUACAUUUGAUCAUAUUAUUGUAUGAUCAUUACUAAGCAAUUUGAUUCGAGAGAUUCUAACUUCUUGAA